UCUGGAAAACGUUGGAACGAUUAUUUGGUUGUACGUUGCGCUUGGAUCAAUCGUCAAUCGAAGCGCUGUAGUCAGUUAGACCGAUCUGCAUUUGGGUCGAUCUCACCGCCAAGCCGACUUCUUCAUCGACGUUAGAGUAUACUGUAGAUCCCUGACGAGCAGACGAUUCGGUGUUGCCUAUAUCUCGAUUGUCCAGGUUCCCUUUCGUACAUUAUCUAGAGUUUGCUUCUGCAGAUAAUCAUGGCAGGCAUUCCCGGCUUCGUCGGUUUUUCUAUCGACGAAGACAUUCCAUCGUCCUUCUCUAAGAGGCAAAAUGGAUGUGUGGUUUGCGAAAAUACAUCGCCAACCUGCCCCUCUUGCGGCGAUAACGAAUCAUGUCAAUUCACGAUCCAGACCUGCACUGAGUGUCCGAGAGCCUUUUGUGCAGUUGACCCAACAGCAACGACUUCCACAGCCAGAGUCAGCAGCGGACCAAACGUUGGUGCUAUCGUAGGUGGUGUAUUCGGUGGUCUAGCAGCCGUUGCUAUCAUUACGUAUAUGGUUUGGAGGUUUUGCAUCAAGAACAAGAGGGGUCAGUACGAGCCGGAACGGUGGCAAGGCGACGUGGAGCAGUCGAAGGAGGGUAUGGAAGCCGACUUUGCUUCAAGGAGAUCCAAACGAACCUCGACGCAUACAGUACAUUCAAUCGCCUCUACCGUCCUCACCCGCGCUUCGAACAUCAUCCAAAUCGCGUACAUCCCUGGCGUCACUAACCGAGCUACGCCUACGUCGCCAACCCUCCUCGUUCCUCCCGUCCCCCCAAUUCCCAUUGCGCACUCCGACAAGGGUAGCAACUCGCCAUUUGAUGAGCAACACUUCUUCGUCCCAGGAGACCUUCGCGACUCAACUUACUCGGGUAUUUCCGGCUACAGCGAUCGCUCAUCCAUGGCACGAACUUCAUAUGCCCCACGAUCCAGCGUUGCGUCCACUAUAUAUGGCAAGAACGCUAUCGUAUCUCCUCUCCCGGCUCAGAAGGGCAAUUUCCUCAAGCCCUCUAUUGUCAGCGUUAAAUCUCGUGCUCCUAGUAGUACUAGUGGCAGUUCAACGCCGCCCGUCCCAGCCGUCGACUACGGAAAAUACGACCAACCGCCCCCGUCACCAGCCUUCAGCAUCGGCGCUACAUUCUUUAAGAAUGCCAGCGCAUCGACAGCGACCGCAGUGCGACCUCAGGUUGUCCGUGUUGGCAGUGGGCCUAAGGCUAUUGACGUGAAAUCGAAGUCUUCGGACUCAUCCACCGCUGUAGAAUCUGAUAACCCGGAGCCCCUCGUACAACUUCUCGACACAAGCAAGGAAAGACAAUCAGCUGCGGCGACGAUUAUCGAAGAAUCGCCGAGCGUUGAUCAAGGCCCUUUUGCCGAUCCACCUAAGGGUCACCAGAAGAACAGCUCCCUCAGCGCAGUAAUAGGGGAGUCCCAACGGGGGGUAGACGGCAAACGCAAGUCCUCCGCAGAACGGAACAGCAGUCCAUUCGGGGACGAAAAUGCCUUACGAGAUUAAUCUAGCCUCAAUUUAACGUGACGUCUAGUAUCAUGACAGGAUAUGGGAAACACGCGGAAAUGGUGGGGAUAUAACUCGUCUAUCUUAAAAACUACUUCUAGUAUUUACUUCCUUAGUCUGGACUUUUUUUUUUCUAUCUUCUCAACUGUCUUCCUUAUUGUCGGGUCAAUCGAGAAACCUACUACUGUUAUCGAAUUCUUAUUCAUACCACCCGUUUCGCGAUGCGGCGGGAGAGGGCCUGGGCUGGAUCUUUUUUUAUUUAUAGGCACGGCGUCUCGGGCUUGGAGAUACGAACGAAUCUGGGAGCGACAAGUUCUUAAAAAUGGCACCCGGUUGCUAGUAUCGCGAUUUAUCGCGGCUGGCGGAGCUGUCGUUUACUACGUAUUGCUCCCCCUCUUUAUCAAAGAUGCCUCAGAGGCGUAGAGAUGAAAAAAUAUGAUGUUGUAUCAACGCACUAUUGUGCUGGACAAUUACCUGUCAGUUGUGACUUAGACUUCGUGAUGUCGGAUUAAGUUUAUAGGUAAGUAGUCCCGUAUAUCUACCUCAGUGUUAAGAAAUAUACUACGUAAAAAUCAA